CGGGCCUCGGCCGCCUCCGCCGAACAGGUGGGCGCCGGAGCGGACUCAGCCUCCCUGAGGCCCGAGGUGCCGGACCCGCCCCCGCCCACCGCUGGGGUGCUGACCUUCUGCAUGGCCAUGGAGGCUGGCAGUGAGCAGGGUGCAACAUAGCUGGCCCCGGGCCCCCCGCCGCUCCCUGCUCAUGUCUGCACCUGGGCAGGGCUCAUGGAUCUGAAGACUGAGCUGGCCCGGCCCCAGCACCCAGGGGAGCUCCUGCACCCCGUGGUGUACGCCUGCACCGCGGUCAUGCUGCUCUGCCUGCUGGCCUCAGCCGUCACCUACCUCGUGCACCGCAGCGCCAUCCGGAUCAGCAGGAAGGGCCGGCACGCGCUGCUGAACCUCUGCCUGCACGCGGCGCUGACCUUCACGGUGUUUGCCGGCGGCGUCAACCGCACCAAGUACCCGACCCUGUGCCAGGCGGUGGGCGUGGCGCUGCACUACUGCACGCUCUGCACCCUGCUCUGGAUCGCCGUGGCCGCCAGGAACGUCUACCAGCAGGUCGCCAGGAAGGCCCCCCCGGCUCCGGGUGCAGGCCAGCCCCCGGCCCCCAGGCAGCCCUUGCUCAGGUUCUACCUCGUCAGUGGAGGGGUCCCCUUCAUCAUCUGUGGGGUCACUGCUGCCACAAACAUCCGGAAUUAUGGGAGGGAGGACGAGAACUCGGGGUACUGCUGGAUGGCCUGGGAGCCCAGCCUGGGCGCCUUUUACGGGCCAGCGGCCUUCAUCGCCCUGGUCACCUGCCUGUACCUCCUGGGCACCUACGUGCAGCUGCGCCGCCACCCGGAACGCAGGUACGAGCUCGGGGAGCGGCCGGAGCAGCCCCCGCGCCUGGCGGGCCGGGGCGACGGGGCCCUGCCGCGCUCACCCCCCUCCUGCGAGGCGGCAGGCGCCUCGCUGCUGCAGAACGAGCACUCUUUCAAGGCGCAGCUGCGCGCGGCCGCCUUCACGCUCUUCCUGUUCACGGCCACCUGGGCCUUCGGGGCGCUGGCCGUGUCGCAGGGACACUUCCUGGACAUGGUCUUCAGCUGCCUGUACGGGGCCUUCUGUGUGACCCUGGGGCUGUUUGUGCUCAUCCACCACUGUGCCAAGCGCGAGGACGUGUGGCACUGCUGGUGGUCCUGCUGCCCGGCCCGCGGGGAUGCCCCCGCCCGGCGCUCUGCCCACCCGCUGCUGGACGCCAACGGGGAGGCCCUGGGACACCCCGCCUGCCUGCAAGACUCUCCCUGCCCCGGCCCGCCCCGGGGCUUCGGCCACUCGCCCGCCGGCCACUGCAAGAUGGCCGAGCUGCGGGCCUCCCAGAGCCGCGUCAGCUGCCUGGCGCCCACCGCGCCCUGCUGCCCCGGCCGCCGCUGCGAGCAGCUGCUGGAGGAGGACGCCUUCGCGCCCGACCUGCACCUGCACAGGUGCCCGCAAGCCAGGACUAAGCUGCACUACUUUGGCCGCCCCCUGGCAGAGCCCGAGUGCGCCUACCACAUCCCGGCCAGCCUGGACGGCAGCCCCCUCAGCUCGCGCUCGGACAGCGCCCGCAGCUCGCUGGAGGGCCCGGCGGGGGUGCCCCCGCUGGCCUGCUGCACCCAGGGCGACCCCUUCCCCGGGGCGGUGCCUGAGGGGGGCAGCCCCAGCCCCCGGCACUACGGCUGCGUUCCCGCCCACUUUGAGAUGCUGCGGAGGACACAGUCCCUGCCCUUCGGGGCCCCGGGCCAGAGUGGGCUGCCCGAGAGCCUGGCCUUUGGCGCCGACAGCGCGGGGAACAUCCGAACUGGGCUCUGGAGGAACGAGACCACCGUGUAGCCCCUGUUGCGCCGCGCCGCGCCCCUCCUGUGAGGGCCCGAGGCGGGACCCUGUCCCUCACGCCCCGCCGUAGCCGGCAUUCACUAUGCGGCCGGGUCUUGUCCAGUCCAGAGCCCCCGCUGGCCGGUCCAGACCCCCGCGACCCCCUAUCUGACUGCAGCCCUGUCCUGCAGGCGCCUGCCAAGGCCAGCGGGUGUCUGGGGACCCUGUGCCUUUGGCACAGCCGCGGGUCCUGAGCCUGGGACUCGACCGCGGGGCUAGCGCUGUCGGGACAGGGCCGCGUCAGGCCGCCUCCGCGAGUGCCUGGACUCACGGCCCGACCAGGCUGGUGUCCGUUCCAGGCCCGCCCUCUGUGGGGUCUGGG